AUGUGCUCUGUCCCGCCCCGGGCGCCCGCCACCCAGCCCCUCCCCCAGCGCGCACCGGGAGCCCAGCCCCGCCCCCGGCGCGAGCCCGGAGCCCCGCCUAGCCGCUCAGCUCCGCCCCCGGAGAACGUCCGGAGCCCCGCCCGUCCGGCAGGAAAGCGCAGGCUCGGCGCCACCGCCCACCCUCGCUCGUGCCGUUGGUGUCUGGCUGGGGCCGCGCGUGACCGGCAUGAGCACGUUCGCGGGCCAGUGACCGUGUCGGGGAUGGACUGCGGCUCCGUCGCGAACGAGAGGCCGAAGCGCCGCCGGCGGCUUCUGCUCUCCCUGGCCGCCGGCCGCGGUGGAGGCCCCGGAAGCCGCGGCGUCCCCACGCGCCGCCUCCCGCCCGGGCUCCUCGGCGGUCUGGGAGCGCUGCGUCCCAGCGCCCCGGGAGCCCGCGGCGGCGCGUCACGUGCCUCCCCGCUGCUCCUCCUCCUGCUGCUGCCCUCCCCGCGCCUGGCCGCUGCCACCCCGCGCCGGCCGCUGGCGGACUGGGAGCGCUCGCGCGCCGGGCCCUCGGCUGCCCCGGCGGGGCGCGGCGGCGCGAGGAGGUGCCAGCCGGGCCUGGCCCCGGGCGUCGCCUGUGCGGCGGGCGCGCUCCACCUGUGCCUCGGCCAGGUGGCCGCCCUCGCUUCCUCCAGGAGAGAGCUGAGCGUCUGUGCUGGGAGCCUGCAUCUGGAGAGCAAAAGGAGAGAUUUCACCUCUUCUCGGAGUAGGAAGCUCUACUUUGACACCCAUGCCUUAGUGUGUUUACUCGAAGAAAAUGGGUUUACUACUCAACAGGCAGAAAUCAUUGUCUCUGCCUUAGUCAAGAUCAUGGAGGCCAACAUGGAUAUCGUCUACAAAGAUAUGGUCACCAAGAUGCAGCAGGAGAUCACUCUUCAGGAAAUAAUGUCUCAGAUUGCUAAUGUGAAAAAAGAUAUGAUUAUUUUGGAGAAGAGUGAAUUUUCAGCCCUCAGAUCAGAAAAUGAGAAAAUAAAACUUGAACUACAUCGGUUAAAACAGCAAGUAAUGGAUGAAGUGAUCAAAGUCCGAACAGAUACCAAAUUAGAUUUCAAUCUAGAAAAGAGCAGAGUAAAAGAAUUGUAUUCAUUAAACGAAAGGAAGCUGCUGGAAAUAAAAACAGAAGUGGUAUCAUUGCACGCCCAGCAAGAUCGGGCCAUCACGCAGACAGACAGGAAGAUAGAUACCGAGGUUGCUGGCCUCAAAACCAUGCUUGAGUCACACAAGCUUGAUAAUAUUAAAUAUUUAGCAGGAUCUGUAUUUACGUGCCUAACAGUAGCUCUGGGAUUUUAUCGUCUGUGGAUAUAAUAAAGUGUCUAUUUAAAA